UUGAAUGUAGCACAAACACAGCACAUCCCUGGUGCGUCGCUUAUGAGGAGCUCCGAGUCAGAAGCAGAACAAGCGUCAUACCUGGUCAAACCAGCCCUGAGCCCGGGACCAAGGAGCCAACGAUCGGGGAAGGAUAACGGCGAAUACUUCUUGCAAAAGUGAAGAAAAGACAAAUAGAAGUGAGUCCAGGCGUCAGUGGGGUAAUUGCAAAGUGGGACGGUAGUUCAUGCAAUCUUAUUAUGGCCCGUUCAAAUAGGGACUACAUCUAAAGACAUGCUGAAGAUCGAAGACUAUCCACAGCGUGAGAAGUAAUUUCCAAGGGAACGGGAAUGGCUUGAUUCAACGCUGCGUGCGAUACUACUGUCAGAGGCGCUCAUGUUUCUGUGGAAGCGACACAAAGUUUGCUGCGCUUCACUUGGAAAUAAAGCCACUUUUCUUUUGGCGACUAUUUGAACACACCCUAGCGGCAUCGUCCGUGCCGCCGUCCCAACAUGUCCAACACUGCGUUGAGGAAGAACCACUGGACCUCCCGGCUCAACGAGUGUUCCGUGUCCAAAGAUGUCCACGGGGGCUUGAACGUCCCACUGCGCGGCGGUGCAGAGAACGGAGAGUUUGCGUUCAUCGGGCAACUCAAGCCGAAUCAAGUGCUUUACAACAGUGGACAGUUAAAUGACGGAGAGCUUCUUUUGGAGGUGGAGAACCUUCCCAUCUCAGGAUUACCCCUGUAUGACGUGCAUACCCUCAUCAAGAACUGCCAAGGUUCCGUCAGGUUAAAAACUGUCAGGCCAGGAAAUAAGCUGAACAAGGACCUGAAACACUAUCUCAGCCAGCGCUUCCAGAAAUCUUCGCCUGACCACGAGCUGCAGCAAAUUAUCCGAGACAACCUCUACCGCCACGCCGUGCCUUGUACAACCCGACCCCCUCGUGAAGGAGAAGUCUCUGGUGUCGACUACAACUUCCUUUCAGUUCAGGACUUUCUGGAAUUAGAAAAAAGUGGAACCUUGUUGGAAAUCGGAACAUAUGAAGGAAACUAUUAUGGGACACCCAAGCCGCCGGUGCAGCCCCCCGGUGGGAAAGUGAUUACCAAUAGCAGCGGCGGUGAUGCCCCACGGCCAGACGGGCUCAGCGGUAGCCUGCCGGGCUCGCAAGAAUCCACUCCCCGACGCAGCAAGUCCUACAAUGACAUGCACAAUGCUGGAAUAGUGCCUGGAGAACUGCCGCUGGAGGACGACGAGGACCUCCCUGACAUGAACAGUAGCUACACAGGAGAAUCAAGCGAACUCGACGAGAUUCAUCGCUCGGUGAGACCCUUCACCCCUCGCCGGAGUGACCCAUCCUACUUUGGGACGACCCCCUUACCACCGGCCACCACGGAGAGCACUCAGCAGACUCACCCUAACCUGAGCCAUCCUCCCCCGGAGGACCCUCAGGGACCUCUGCCCGACAAUUGGGAGAUGGCCUACACUGAGAACGGAGAGGUCUAUUUUAUAGAUCACAAUACAAAGACCACCUCUUGGAUAGACCCUCGGUGCCUGGACAAACCUCAGAAACCCCUGGAAGAAUGUGAAGAUGACGAAGGGGUUCAUACGGAGGAGCUGGACAAUGAUCUUCUUGAACUUCCACCCGGAUGGGAGAAAAUAGAUGAUCCAGUCUAUGGCGUCUACUAUGUUGAUCAUAUCAACAGGAGGACUCAGUACGAGAAUCCCCUUUUGGAGGCUAAGCGGCGCAGACAAGUGGAACAGCAACAGCCUCAAGUGCAAAGCCAGCAGCCACCUGAAGAAUGGAUUGAAGACUCAACCUUUGCCGGGGCCCCUCCAACAAGUUAUACUGCCAACCACCAAGAGACUUACAGGGACCCUCAACCUGGGCCCACAGUGCCAAUGGGACAAAAACGAGGAAAGCCUUUCUUUACCCGGAACCGAUCUGAACUAAAGGGGACUUUCAUCAAUACCAAGCUGAAAAAGAGCCGCAGAGGUUUUGGUUUCACUGUCGUGGGAGGCGACGAGCCAGAUGAGUUCCUGCAAAUCAAGAGUCUGGUCCUCGACGGACCGGCCGCCCUCGACGGCAAGAUGGAGACAGGUGAUGUCAUAGUGAGUGUCAACGACACCUGUGUGCUCGGCUACACCCACGCACAAGUUGUGAAGAUCUUCCAGUCGAUCCCAAUUGGCUCUAUGGUCAAUUUGGAGCUGUGCCGCGGUUACCCUUUGCCCUUUGACCCCGAUGACCCCAACACAAGCCUGGUUACCUCAGUGGCCAUUCUUGACAACAAAGAUCCUAUCAUAGUCAACGGUCAAGAGGCCUCCAACAAUACUUACGAUUUGCCGCCCAGUCACAGCAGUCAGAACAGCAACAGCGGCUCCACCAACGGCGGCGGGGCUGCCCUCAAUGGCCUCCCGCGACCUCACAGCCCCUCCGCAGAGGCGAACUCUGACCCCGCAUCCCAACACGGCUACCCCAGCGACGUGGUCACCCUGGCCUCAUCCAUCGCAACACAACCGGAGCUCAUCACCGUACAUAUGGAGAAAGGCGACAAGGGCUUCGGCUUCACCAUCGCCGACAGCCUCGGCGGCGGCGGGCAGAGAGUAAAACAGAUUGUGGACUAUCCGCGCUGUCGCGGUCUCAGAGAGGGUGACAUCAUCGUGGAGGUGAACAAGAGGAACGUGCAGAGUAUGUCGCACAACCAGGUGGUUGACUUACUCAGCAAGUGUCCGAAGGGGAGCGAGGUCACCAUGCUGGUGCAGAGAGGAGUGGCACCUGCAAAGAAGAGCCCAAAACUGGAUGAUUUUGAGCUGGCUCCUCCAUACCGAGAUUACAGUAGGAGGCCAUUGUCAAGAAAGGACAGCCAGAACAGCUCCCAGCUCAGCGUUUCCAGCCACCGGAGUGCCCACACCGACUCGCCCUUGUACUCGUCGCUGGCACCUCCGCACAGCGAGAGCGCCGCUCCCCCGGUCCCAUCUCAGCCCCUACCGGGCCUUCCACCCCAGGACUUCACAGCCGACGGGACCAUCCAGAGAAAACCAGAUCCCUUUAAGAUUUGGGCCCAGUCCAGGAGCAUGUAUGAAAUUCCAGACUUCCAGGAGCAGGAUAUUUUCCUGUGGAGGAAGGACACAGGGUUUGGCUUCAGAAUUCUUGGAGGGAACGAGGAAGGAGAGCCAAUCUACAUCGGCCAUAUCGUAAAGUACGGCGCGGCAGAUGAGGAUGGACGCCUGAGGUCCGGCGAUGAGCUCAUAUGUGUGGAUGGCACCGCCGUGGUGGGCAAGUCGCACCAGCUGGUGGUGCAACUGAUGCAGCAGGCGGCCAAGCAAGGCCAUGUCAACCUCACCGUGCGACGCAAAACCAGUUACGCCGUUAAAGCCGAAGGAGACGUGCCUCCGUCACCCGCCUCGUCCCACCACAGCAGCACCCAGGCGCCCAGCCUGACAGAGGAGAUUGGAAAGCGAACUCCGCAGGGCAGUCAGAAUUCCCUCAACACCGUCAGCUCCGGCAGCGGCUCCACCUCUGGCAUCGGCAGCGGGGGAGGCGGCGGCGUAGGGGCCGGGGGCAGCGCCAACGUCGCCGCCGUCGCAGCGGCCACCACCUCAUCGCAGCCUCCGAACGUGAACUCCAGCAUCCCCGUCUCCUCCGCCUUGCAGCCUUAUGACGUGGAGAUCCGCCGCGGGGAGAACGAAGGCUUUGGAUUUGUCAUCGUGUCGUCUGUUUCCCGUCCUGAGGCGGGCACCACCUUUGGACGGAUCAUCGAGGGAAGCCCCGCCGACCGCUGCGGGAAGCUGAAAGUGGGAGAUCGCAUCCUGGCAGUGAACUCGUGCUCCAUCACCAACAAGUCCCACUCGGACAUUGUCAACCUCAUCAAGGAAGCCGGGAAUACUGUUACACUACGCAUCAUUCCUGGAGACGAGUCAUCAAAUGCGUCUUUAUUGACAAACGCGGAGAAAAUUGCUACUAUUACCACAACUCACACAGCCCAGCAACAGGCUGCACCAGAAGCCAGAAACAAUACCAAACCAAAACAGGAGUCGUUUGACUUUAAAGCCCCUCAAGCGCCUCCCCCGCAACUUCCAACGCAAGUGUCAGCCCAGGAUUCCGAGUUUUACUCAGCGGACCUGGAACGGGAUAGCAAAGGCUUUGGCUUCAGUCUGCGGGGCGGCAGGGAAUACAACAUGGACCUAUACGUACUGAGGCUAGCUGAAGAUGGAGCAGCCGUCCGCAACGGGAAAAUGAGGGUUGGUGAUGAAAUCUUGGAAAUCAACGGAGAGAGCACCAAGGGCAUGAAGCACGCCCGAGCCAUCGAGCUCAUUAAGAGCGGAGGGCGACGUGUUCAUCUGGUGCUCAAGAGGGGCGAUGGCUCGGUCCCCGAAUAUGACGGCACCCCAAACGACAGCAGCGCAGCCUCAGGGUUACAAAACGCUGCGGAAGUGAGCUCCCUGCCCUUCAAUGAGCCGUCGGAGCAAAGCUACAACCCGGAACCCCAAAGCUCAUCUCGGACCAAGAAGGAGACGACCCAUCACUCAUCGGGCACUGGCAAGCACCGUUCACGUCACCGCCGUCGCUCUCCUCAUAAGAAAACCAGCACAGGUAAACACAAAAGGACAAAAUCUCCCGGAAAGAUCAAUCUGUUGAAGAAGAAGAAGGAUGAAAAGGGAAAAUCCGAGCAGCGCCACCAUUCCAGCGGGCACCACCGCAGCCGCCACCGCUCUCCUGACAAGGGGUACAAACGCUCGCGCAGUGCAGAGAACGCCCUGGACGGCCGUCACGGGGGACACCGCCACGGGCGCUCCCCCGACAGGCACCACCAUCGUCACCGCUCACCUCAACGCUCGCCUUACCGCUCACCUCGACGCUCGCCUUACCGCUCGCCUCGACGCUCACCGUACCGCUCUCCUCGACGCUCGCCGUACCGUUCACCUCCCCCCUACAAAUCGCCCCAACGUUCUCGGCAGCGCUCCCCCAACAGACGCCAAGGUCGCUCCGCCGACCCCUACCGCAGAUACGGCUCCCCGCAAGGAGCGAGGCAGCGCGGCAACGAGAAGCCCGCCGUCGUCGAGGCGCUACCGAAGGCGCCGUCGAGGUUUACCGAACCGAGCCUCUCUUUUGAGGACAGCGUCCUGCGCGAGGCCCCCGCCCUGGUCCGUCUCAACCGGGUGGCCGGGGAGGAGCGUCCCUUUAUGAACGACAGUCUCCUGACCAGAGCUUCCACCAUGGAGAGAGCCUUCGGCGGGGACAGCCUGCUGAGGGACAUUUCCCGCAACCAGAGAGACACCUUCGAGAACGGCUCCCGGCCCAGAGUACGCACGCCCGACUCCGACUUGGCUUACAACCGGUACAGCUCGCUCCUGAGGGGACGAUCGCCCGAGAGGGCCGACAGGGACCGGGACAGAAACUACCCCAGCAGAGAAUCUACCCCAGAACCGUACCGAACGCGCAGCCUCGGACGAGACAUCUCCCCUAUCCGAAGCCCCAGACGUAAAGACUCUGAGGACGAAGAGGAUGACGACAACUUUGUGGCGGCUAAGGUGAGCGAGUACUACAGCACGUUGGAAAGUGACAACAGUCGCUCUGCCAGACCGCUGCUCCCAGAGCCCAAGAAGACCUACAAGGACAACCCCAGAGACCUGAGCAUCUGAUUGGACAGCAGCCACCCAAUCAUGGCCACUACACAUAAUUCACCUCAAGUGUCCGUGCCCAUCAAGAUGUUACAAAGUCAACCCUGGUUGUCUACACACACACACACUUGCACGCAGAUUUGAUAAAUUGAUGUAACAAUAUUCAGUUACAACCAAGAUGGUGGUUCCUCUUCUUUUUUUAUUGUAUUAUUUCCCCCCCUGUUUGAUUUGGAUUGAUAUUCUACAUUUAGAAUAAUCCAGACUUUUCCAUAAAAUGUAAAACCAUAAAAACAAUGAUGUGCCUAACAGUUCCAUUAACAACCAUUUGUUUGUUUUGAUUUGAUACUCGCCAGGUGUUUUGUGCUGCACAUGAUGAAAAAGGGAAAAAAGAAAAGUCUGUAGAUUUCCACAAGGUUCCUAUGGUGUGCAUGUCUUUACUGGUCUCUCUCUCUCUCUCUCUCUCUCUCGUUCACUCUCUUGCUACCUUGCACCUUCUUUCAGUCUCUCUCUCUUCCUCUUUCUCUCCAUUGCCACUGUUUUAUAUACAUUUGACCAGACUAUAGCACAAGCCUGCAUUUAUUUGUAUAUUUUUUGACAGUUUGCAGUAUGUGUACAUUCAGAGCUGAUCAUUUUAAAUGAAUGAAGGGGAAAUUAAAAGUUAAACUAUAAUGAUGGUGAUGUUAAAAUAAAAUAAUAUAUUCAACAAUC